CCUCCUUCCGGUUCCGGCUUUGCGAGAGCGUGUAGCGUCGACAUGAAGCUGCUCACCCACAACCUGCUGAGCUCGCAUGUGCGGGGGGUGGGGCCCCGUGGCUUCCCCCUUCGCCUCCAGGCCACCGAGGUCCGCAUCAGCCCUGUGGAGUUCAACCCCGACUUCGUAGCUCGUAUGAUACCCAAAGUGGAGUGGGCGGCGCUUCUGGAGGCUGCGGACACCUUGCAUCUGGUCGAGGUGCCCAAAGAGCCGAUUGAGGGAUAUGAGCAUGACGAGAUAUUUCUGAGAAAGAUGCACCACGUUUUACUGGAGGUGGAUGUGUUGGAGGGCACCCUGCAAUGCCCAGAGUCAGGACGUCUGUUCCCCAUCAGCCGUGGGAUCCCCAACAUGCUACUGAGUGAUGAGGAAACUGAGACUUAAAAGCGUGCCAGGCCCGUUUUUCAUUUUGUGAGCGUUGUGUAUCUUUGUUUACCUGUAUCCUGUUUGCUACUUCAAUCCUGUGUAUCCCCAACCCUUGGUCCAGUGACACACCAAACACACGGUGUUCUUGAGCUCGGUAUUAUAUUUUUUUUCUCAUUAAAGGUUCAAAACCAAAA